AUUGAUUGACGAUACAGAGUGAAAUUGGAUAAAGCAGAAAAAAAAAAAAAACGGACUUUAUACCAAAAAAAAAAAAUGAUUGCAAUUCCCUACUUAGCAGCGUUAACAACGUACUUUAGCUAUGGAUUAUUGUUUGCUUUUGGUCAAAUCAGAGAUUUCUUUCGCAAAAUUCUCGACUGGAGUGGCUCUAACAAUCUUCAGGGUUAUGCUCCAAUAUGUGUGGCACAUGAAGAUUUCUAUGUACGCCGUUUGUAUCUCCGUAUUCAGGAUUGUUUUGGGAGACCGAUUACUAGUGCUCCUGACGCUUGGUUUGAUGUGGUUGAGCGUUACUCAAAUGACAAUAAUAAGACACUAAAACGAACCACAAAUAUUAGUAGAUGCCUUAACUUGGGGUCAUACAACUAUCUGGGAUUUGCUGCAGCAGAUGAGUAUUGCACUCCUCGAGUAAUUGAGUCAUUAAGGAAAUAUUCUCCUAGCACUUGUAGUAGCCGGGUGGAUGCGGGCACAACGGCAUUGCAUAAUGAAUUGGAGAAGUGUGUUGCCGACUUUGUUGGAAAACCAGCGGCUAUAGUUUUUGGAAUGGGCUAUGUUACAAACUCUGCUAUCCUUCCAGUCCUGAUUGGGAAGGGUGGUUUGAUUAUCAGUGACUCCUUGAACCACAACUCUAUUGUAAAUGGUGCACGUGGGUCUGGAGCUACUAUUCGUGUUUUCCAACAUAAUACACCCUCUCAUUUGGAGGAAGUCUUGAGAGAACAACUUGCAGAGGGACAACCUAGGACUCACAGACCUUGGAAGAAAAUAAUGGUAAUUGUGGAGGGGAUAUACAGCAUGGAAGGGGAUCUUUGCAAGCUUCCUGAGAUUAUUGCGAUCUGCAAAAAAUAUAAGGCUUAUAUUUACUUGGAUGAGGCCCAUAGCAUUGGAGCAGUAGGGAAAACAGGAAAAGGCGUCUGUGAGCUCCUAGGAGUGGAUACUGCUGAUGUGGACAUCAUGAUGGGAACUUUUACUAAAUCAUUUGGAUCAUGUGGUGGAUAUAUCGCUGGAUCAAAGGAGCUUAUUCAAUACUUGAAGUAUACAUGCCCAGCUCACCUAUAUGCAACAUCAAUCUCACCGCCAGCUGCAGAACAAGUAAAAUCUUCCAUAAAGGUUAUUCUUGGGAAGGAUGGUUCCAAUAGAGGUCCCCAGAAGCUUGCACAAAUCCGUGAGAACAGCAACUUUUUUAGGUCAGAAUUGCAAAAAAUGGGGUUUGAGGUUAUUGGAGACGAUGACUCUCCUGUAGUGCCAAUUAUGCUUUACAAUCCAGCUAAAAUUCCUGCCUUCUCAAGGGAGUGCCUGAAGCAGAAUGUUGCAGUUGUGAUGGUGGCUUUCCCAGCAACCCCACUAUUGUUGGCUAGGGUACGUGUGUGUAUAUCUGCUUCUCAUACCAAGGAAGACCUGGUUAAAGCAUUGAAAGUUUUUGACCAAGUAGGUGAUCUUGUGGGUAUAAAAUACUUCCCUGCAGAGCCAGACAAGCAGCAGGAAGAAGAUAAGAUAGUGAAGCUUGAUUGAGCAAGUAUUUUCUUAUUUUACUUGGAUCAUGUGGUUGUCGUGAGCAGAACUGGAUCAAGUAUGUUGCAAUAUAAUUUUUUUGGGUAAGAAAAAAAACUGGCGGUUGUCCUGCUGUGUCACCACCUAUAUACGGGUCCUACCAUGUAGUAUGUUAUAUUUGCAUUGUAAGCGUAUAUCCUGAGUGUUGCUUACAUGCUCAUGCAAACCAUGAGACUCUGCUGACUGCAAACCUGUGUUUGUCCUUUGGUUUUGUCCCCUUUUGUACAUAUUUAGUUUUACCCUUCUACACUAUUUUUCCGAUGGAAGUUGUUUCCUUAACAUAUGCUGAAAGUUCUUGGACUAGAUUCUUCUA